CCCCCAACAUGCCAUGUGACUCAGGGUAGUGUUACUUUUGUGGACACCCUCCAAAACAUACCAUGUGACUCAUGGAAAUGUUAUUUUCACGUGAAAAAUCUUCAAAGUCUGUAACAUACAAUAUAAUAAAUCUAUUUCAUGCAUAUCUGAAGAACUAAUCAGACCAGUUCCUUACUGUGUUUAAAUUGGCAAAUCUUUAUUGGAUUAUGAAAUUAUGGUGAUUUGCAUCAUCUGAAGAGCCAGUCGGUUGUGUUAAUUUUUUUCUAUGAGCUAGGCUUUCUUCUAUCACUUGCCCAUAAAGAUGUGUGUUACACCUAAAAGAAAUGCAUAAAAGCGCUUCCUAUGUUCCUUAUUGAGUGUCUUUUAUUAAGGGGCAUUUCUAAGGCUGCAAUAAUAUGUCCAAACUUACAUUUCUUUUAUGACCAAAAACUCCCGUUUUAAUAACUGUAGACCAGAUGAUUUGGGAAAUUAUGUUCCCCAAUGAAUUCUGCUUGAGUUUAUGAAUUCUCUGUAUAUAGUUUAAUCUAACUACAACUCCACUUUUACUCUAAAGCAAGUCUGCCUUCUUUGUUGCCUGUUGAUGGUCUUUUACUCAAAUAGAAACAUCUAUGGCCAAUCCAAGAAAAUCUAGCCAUCCAGGUGGGCUAAUAACUAAGCAACAAAUUAUCUGAUAGGGCUAAUCAGGAUAUUGCAUGACCAGAGAAGAUUGUAAUUUUCUCACCAGGAAUUUGAGAAGAAGAAAAGCAGAAAGAAAGGCUAUGCAAAAGGAGGAAUUUGGACUUUCAGAGGGUCCUGAUCUGUUUCCAAAGACUAUUGCAGAGUGGUGAGGAAACUGAUGCACCAAAGAUGAAAACAUGAAAAUUUGCUCUUUGAAAGCUUUGAAGUCCGAAGGCAGUGUGACCAAGAUCAAACUUUCUCCAAAAAAGAAGAAAUUGUUGUUUUAGCAUCAAUUUCUUCAAAUGCAAUGACUCAGCCGCCACAGGAUGAAUUUGACAGUAGUGUGGAGAAUGCAGAAGCUUGGAUGAAGGCCAUCCAGGAGAAAUUGCAGAUUAAUGACAACACCAAGGGACCUCGGUCUGCUCUAGAAGCCAGACUGAGGGAAACUGAGAAAAUAUGUGUACUGGAGCCUGAAGGUCGACUGAAAAUGGACUUUGUUAUCAAGAAAGCAGAGGCCCUUCUUCGCUGCAUCAGUGAGGAUGAAAAGCACAAGGUACUCUCCAAACUGAAAGACAUUAAGGCCAUGUGGGAAGAAACAGCCAUAUACAUUACUCACUGUCACAGCCGUAUUGAAUGGGUGUGGCUGCACUGGAAUGAAUACUUGAAAGCCCAGGAUGAAUUUUACACGUGGGUUCACAACAUGAAGGUGACCUUGGAGCCAGACAUAGAACUGCAGCUUGGCUUGAAAGAGAAGCAGUGGCAGCUGAGCCACUCUGAGGUGCUGCUGAAUGACGUCUUAAAUCAGUCAGUCCUGCUGGAAAGGCUCCUGGAGGAAGCAGCUUCCUUGUUUAACAGGAUAGGUGACCCAAGUGUUGAUGAGGAUGUCCAAAAGAAGAUGAAGGUGGAAUAUGAAGGAAUAAAGGAAAUAGCUCAGAAGAGAGUGAAACUGCUUAAGAAGAUAACAAAGGAACAUGAACAGUACAGCACCCGUGUCAACCAGUUUCAAACGUGGCUGAAUGGUGUGACUGAAAGUUUAAACUGCUGCAUUGAAGAAGCAACAGUAGAAAACAAGCUAAAGGCAUUGCAGGCCAUUGCCGAAGAUGUUAAGAGCGGUGAAAAGGAACUGCAAAGCCUGGAAGUUCAGUCUAUAGGUGUCAUCCAGAAUACCUCCCCUCUAGGGGCUGAGAAGAUGAAGGACGAGCUGGAGGAGUUGAGGAAAGCCUUGGAGAAGUUGAAACUAAUGUGUAGCGAGGAACAGGAGAGAUUGCAUAAGUUCUUCCAGUCAAAAAGUGCCUAUCAGUCCCAAGUCAGAGAGUUAGAAGCAGAGGUUAGUGAAUUCAGAAAGGGGAUACAAAGGCUUGAAAGUGACCUGAAGCCAAGGGAGAGGGCAAAGAAUGAAGAGGAGUUAUUGAUCCUGUGGAGAAAGUGCAUGGCAACACGAGCAGCUCUUGCCACAGAGGAGCCAAAGGUUGAGAGGCUGAAGGCUCAGCUUAACAAGCUGUUCCAGUUUCCACAGGAUGUACAGCCACAUGUGGACAGUGUUGUAUCUGCAAUACAGGAAUACCAAAGUGUUAAAGGGAAAGCAUUUAAAAUGAGUAUUGCAGCUGGAAGUGAGCUAAGGCAACAUCUUCAAAACCCAAUGCAAGAAUUUCAGCUGUGGAAGCCAUCAGUUCAGAGACUUCUGGAUAUGACUGCUAAUGUUACUGAACCCACAGCGGCACAGACUUUCUUACUUCAGCUUGAGGAAUGUCUGGCAGAAAGCUCCCAAUUCAAGGAAAGGAUGAUGAUGAUACAGCUGAAGAAGGAUUUGCUCGGUAGUGUCUUUGGUGAGGAGGAAGCAAGGUCCCUCUUGACAGAGGUGACUGAAGCAGCAAAGGAGAGAGAAAUUCUGCAUAAAAGUCUUUUGCAAAACAAAAGCAAACUUCAGAAUUUGAUUUCUCAGCACAAAGACUUUGAUGCAGGUUUUGCACCUUUGCAGAAGAAGUUUUCUGCUAUCAGAACCAAAGUAGAUCUAGAGAAAGAGCCACAGCCUGACCUUGUAGGAAAAAAGACACGACUCCAGAGACUCCAGAUGAUCCAAGAUGAUUUGGCAGAGCUUGUGGUUCAAAUGGAAGACCUAGAGAGCCUCAUUCAAUCUAAUGCCACCCACAAGCAUAAAAUGAACCAGCUUUCAGCUGACUGUAAGGCACUGAAGAAAUCUCUGGAGGAGACAAUAGAACAGAGUGAGAAGCACGUUCAGAGACACUGGAAGUUUAAUGAGAAGCUAUCAGACCUUCAGCAGUGGAUCGCAGUGACCGAACAGAAGUUGGAAUCCUAUCAGGGUGCUAAUGGAGAGCGAAACAUGGAGAGUAGAGUUGCAGACCUUGAGAGAUUGCUGGCUGAGUUCCCAGAUAAGGAGUUCCAGUUGCACCUUGUUGAAACUCAUGGCCAGAUGGUAAUGGAGAAUUCUUCCUCAGAAGAGGCAGCAGAUAUCCGGACUGAACUGAACAAGGUGAAGGAAUCUUUGAGGGAAGUCAAAGAAAGGAUAACAAGCCUUCUCCAAAAGCUGCAACCAAAAAGAACAGCAGUUGAUACAGGGAAGAAAAUAACCAUCAUGCAGCCACUUACAUUUGGCUUCCAUUCAUUUGAUGCAGAUCCCAAGCACAAGCAGGAGAAGAUGAGCAAAGCGGGAAAGAAUAGCAACCAUCUUAAACUCAUGAAGGACUUUGAGCAGUGGUUAGAAGCAGAAAAUGCCAAGCUAACCAAAAAUCUUGCUACAAAAUCCUCCUCUGUCGAUGAAGUUGAAGCAAAAUACAGCAAGCUGGAGGAGCUUCAGUCUCGUGUUCCUGAAGGUCAGCAUCUUUUUGAAGAUCUUCUUCAUCUUCAUCCAGUUGUCGGGAACUCUGAAGACCUGGAGGACCUGCGCUACCGAUGGAUGCUCUACAAGUCUAAGCUCAAAGAAAGCCUUGAUUCAUUACAGACUCCUGUAUCUUUGGAAGAACCAGAUGGAUUCAGAAAGAAACGCCGGGGGGGAAUGUGUUCCUUCCUGCAUCGUGUGUGCUGGACUGCGUUGCCACUACAGUUACUCCUGCUACUCCUGCUGCUCCUGGCAUUCCUGCUUCCUCUGGCGGAAGAGACACACAGCUGCAAGCUUGCCAACAACUUUGCCCGUUCCUUCAGCCUGAUGCUGAGAUACGAAAGUCCUCCUCCAACUUAACUCCUCUGCAUGGCAAGAGGUGACACUCAGAAAUCAAGUCUGCUUUCUCCUUGAUUUCUUGACAAUUUCCAAGUACUUCUAGGUUUAGGGCUUCUAACAAGGCCACCUUAUUAACUGGAAAUGUGGUCAGAUCAAAGCAGCAUAAGGCUAAUCCACAUAAUCAGGUAUUAGCUUUUAGAGCUAAAUUAAUCAGGUAUUAACAUUUAGAGCUAAAUUAAUAUUUUUACAAUAUUAUAUGAGUAUAUUUAUACUAUGUGAAUAUAUAUAUAUAUAUAUAGUAUGUAUAUAUCAGUAUAAAAAUAUACAUUUUAUAUAUAUAUGACAAAACUAAAAUCCACUGUUCUGAUUUGAUCCUGCUAUGUUUUUUCUUCUGCCUUUGCCCAGCAGUGACUAGCAGAUGUUUAAAACUGCAUUUUUGAUGUUUACAACUGAAGUCAAACAAGCAGGAGAAAAUAAGGGAUGUUUCAUGGAAUUGUGCCAGAAAAAUAUUCUCAAUGAGAAUUGAGAGACUGAUGAAUGGAGUCAUGUUGAAAUAAGCUGUUUAACAUUCAGCCCUAGCAAAAGUUGGAAAAUUAUAUUUAGGAUCAGUUAGCUUAUCUUUGGCCUGAGCCAGCAAUCACAGAAGCCAGUGGAAGGACUCCCGUUGAUUUCAGCUGGAAUGGAAUCAGGCCAUACUAUAUUCAGAUGUGCUUUCUGACCUUCUAACCAGCUUUCUCCAGAUCCUGUGUUCUCUGUCAUACCAGAACCUGGAAUGGUAGAAUAGGCUGGUGGAAAAUCUGAAAGUAAUAGUCUAUUUUUCAUAAUCGCAGCUCUAGUGAAGCAUUUUUUUAAACUCAAAGAGUAAUAUUUUUAUAUGCAGCUAUCCACAAAGCUCUAUACCGGUGAACUGUGUAAAAGAAAAAAAAUGUGAUGAUAUUUCCCCAUUUUCAAAUAUAUAGAUCACCCACUGAUUUUCCUGGGGAGAUUCCUUGGGAAUAGACCAUAGAGUCUUCUGUCUGGAAUGUAGCUUGAUUGAGCAUCAGCAUCAGCAAAGCCACGCACAGACAUUAACAUUCAGAAUCUAAACCUGACUCCUUCCAAAGACGAGUUGUUAUAUUAAUGGUGGUCAGUACAACCUGCCAUAGACUAAUAGUGUCAACCACAAUUAUAUUACAGGUUUCCAAAAAGUCUGAAGUCUGAGACAGUGGGCAUGUCUACACAAGAUGCUACUGUGCAGUCAUUACUGUGCAUUUAUUUACUACGUAUAAAGUACUUGCAAGUACUAAAUAAAUGCACAGUAACUGGAGUUACUGCACAGUAGCACUGGUGAAUGUAUUUUAGGUGAUGCUACCGCAUGGUAGUGUAUUUACACUGUCUGCGCUGUGAUGUGCUACUGCGCAGUCAGCGUCUCCUGUAGACGUGCCCAGUGAUGAGUAUGCCAUCUGUUUAUCUGAAUUGUCAUGUUUGUUUUAUCAGCCAUUUGUUUAAUGGAAAUGUGCGUUUUCACUACCCUUUUAAAUGUAACCUCAAUUCACAGCUUCACUACAGUGAAAUAACCAUUUCUUUGUGGUGUUUUACCUGAUUGGAUCAUGCAUCUUUUCCAAAGAGAUUACUUUAAAAUAUUUUGUGGCAUUUCUAGGGGCUGUCCGUUUCUUCCUCUCUCUUUUCAUCCUCCGAAUCACAAUCACCAAGAAAAAGAUAUUUUUCUUAUCCUGGCUACUAUUUUGAGUGAAAUUUGACUUUUGGGAGCAGUGGUGGCCUUUUUUAGUCGGUUUUUCCCCCCAGAGUAGGUUCCAAAAUAAUAUCAAUUCUGUAUUAAAUUAUUUUGUACUUGUUUUAUGGAGGGGCUCACUUUUAUGUUUUAUAAAAAGAAAAGAAAUCUGGUCAGAGAGGAUGGGGAAGGAUGGACAGGAGAAGAUGGUGACAGGUGAUGAAUAUAAGACUGAUUUGCAGAAGCGGGGAAGGAAAGAGACAAAGAUAUAGGGUUCAAAUAAAAAAAGGAAAGUGCUAAAGAAAAAACACUAAAAUGGAGGGUGUGAAGCAUAAAACAGGAGAAGAGACUAGAUUCUAGAGAAGGAAAAUAACUUCUAGGAUCCCUCUAGUCCACCUUUGAUAAUAAUUAGUAUUAUUAUCUAUUUGAUAUUAAAUAGAGCUUUGUCUAUUUGAAUUUCAAAUGUCUCAAGCAAGGAGGCCUCUACCCUUUCUCUGUGGAAACUUCUGUUGGAAGAAAGUUUUCACUUGUUAUGGAGGCUUGUCUUGUCUGUGCAACACAGAGGUUCUGGAGAGCACAGGAGUGACGCACUUAGAAAUCACUAUCAAGAAGAGGAGGUUGUGACGGAUCGGCCAUGUCUGGAGAAUGGGAGACAUAUCCCCAAUAAUAUUUUUCUAUAGUGAGAUUCGAGAUGGCUCUAGAAAGCAGGGUUGCCUUCUAUGGGAGUACCACAGUGUGUGCAAAAAUUAUAUGAAGUCAUUGAACAUCAGCGCAGAAAGCCGGGAGGAGCAUGUAGAAUCCCGUCCAAUCUGGAGGGACCGUCUGGCACUGGGUGCAGCUCAACAUGAAGCUGCUUUUAUCCAGAAGAAGGAAGCAAAACAAGAAAGAAGAAAGCAGUGUGCUGUAAAUUUGAACUCCAACUUACACAACAUGUGAAUCUGUGAAACUUGUAACAAGCUGUGUCGCUCUCGAAUUGGGCUGGUCAGCCACAAAUGGAUUCAUCAGGCAUCUGACUAUAGACUUCUUACAUGUGCAUCAUGAUCCAGAGGAUCAACAGUUGCCUACUGUGCAAGCAUUUUUCUCUUUAUUUCCUAUAAUUGCACAAGGCCAGCAUCAGCAGUGGCAGAAGUGCUAAUCUGGAGAGGAUACCAAACUUUUAACCAACAUGUCUUCUAACAUGCUAAGAGCUGAUGUAGAGGAGAAGGGGCCAGAUUUUAUUUUAUCUAUUAGCCAUGAUUCUAUUCCACCCUGAUCAAGUCUUUGAAAAGCAAGUAAGGCAAAAGCUGGGUGGUUUCACUUUCUCUUCCUCCUCCUUGCUGCCUUUUUUUGACUCAGUCUUAAGGGUACAGUGAUGGUGUUUUACAAAAGCAGAUGCAGGAAUGGACUUUCAGGGACUUGAACAGGGUGGAAUAAACUCAUACUCAUACUUCUAUAGAAAUUUAGAUUUCAAUCCAAAAGAGGGAACACAACUUUUUUUGUACCUUUUUUUUUAAUAAACUAGUGUGCAACUACGGAAUUAGGAAGAAAUGCUAGCAGAGACAAAACGGAACGGGGGAGAGAAGCAUGAGGAAGAAAGGAACAGUGCUGUUUAAAAACUGGCUGUCUGUGGGGUGGAGAAACCUGUCAGAGACAGAAGGAUGACAGGAAGAGAAAAUAAACUGUGAGAAAUAAAGGUGUUUAAACAUAAUUAGAAGGGGAAGGAAGGCAUUAAGCUCUGUCUUCCUCUGUGAAGGAGCUGGUUGGAAAGCAGCUGUAAUUCACAGGAGAUGCAGCACAUGGAUUGUUUCUUUGCAACUGUUCUUUCCAGUAAAGGCUGUCAUGGCUUCUUUCUCUCCACUCCCCAAUUGAGCUAGUUCAGAAAACAUACAAAUUCUCCUCACUGUGAAAACAUAGAAUUCUCCUCACAGUACUUGUCUCCAAAUUGUUGGCAGCCCUGAAGGAACAACCCUGUGGCUGCACAGCAAGGAUCUAAUCAUCGAAGAUCUGAACCAUGCGCUACUCCCGCCUCCUUUUCAGAUCAAACGGUUUCAACAUAUACAAAAAAACCCCAAAGGCAGAGGGGAGAGAUGUAGCAAUUUUUGUGGAUUGCCACAUUCCACUUCUUUAAGAGCUGCUGGGCUGCUCCAUUGUGGUCAGGGAAUGAAGUAAAACAGCAUGAAAGGCAACAAAAAAAGAACUAUGGCAAGGGGGAGUAUAGCAAAGGGAAGAUCAAGGAGGAAAUGGCCAAUUUUCUUUACAUGAAAAUUACAGAAUCCCCCAUGAGUUUCUGGGCAUUGGCCUUUCUGAUCUGGAUUGCUUUCCUGAGUUCACCUGUGGAUUUUGCAAGGAUUGGCAAUGCAAAUGGAGCAGACAUUACAGAAAUUCUUUCCAGGCAGAGGGUCAGAAGAAAAUAACUGUAAUGUCACCUUAAUGCUUCAGUGUUGUGGCAGAUUUAAAAAAAAAAAGAAUUAGAAACACACUUUUUGCUCCUGGGGGUUUCCAUUGGAUUUAUUCUUUAAAUAUUCCCAUUAUAAAUCCUAGAAUAGUCUGCUUUACUUUGCUGUAAAUCGCAGCAAAUCAGUGGGUUUUUUUUUCCUUUUUACAUUCAAGCAGGUAAACAUGAAGCUUUCUCAUAUUUGUAAUGGAAAAUAAGCUAAACUAUUUGGCCCCAAUUUCUUUCUCACUGGGUGCAUCUACAUGUGUGCUUUGCUGCAGUGUUGACUAAUUAGCUGUACAGUAAAGCAUCACUAUCUACACGUGCACUGGUAUUAGGGUGCAAUAAAUUAACUAACUCCAUCAUAGGAUAGUACUGUCCCUGACAGUACUACCCUAUGGCAGAGUAAUUAUGUGCACUGAAAUUCAGAUGGUGUAGAUGGUGACAGGCUGGCUGCGGCACAAGGGUGCUAAAGUUCAGGGGCUUUGUGCACAGCUCCACACUUUAACAGUCUCGUAUCCCAGCCGGCCCCUCUGCUGCCUGACGCCACCACCCAGAGCCUGGGGCCGACCCCCAGAGCCUGCUGCCAGCCCAGGGCUGCUCUGUCCUGGCUUGGACUAUUGCAGUCCCAGGCUCACGUGCAGACGCUGCACUCGACAGCAGCUGACUCAGGUGCAAACUGUGCCAGAAUGUAUUUCAUCACAUGAAUAGGACAUGUAGAUGCACCCACUAACACCUAUUUUAUUCUGGUGUAACCUUAUUGAUCUCAGUGAAGCAAUUCUCCAUUUUUACUGGCAUAAGCAAGAAGUAAAUCAGAUCCUUGUCUUAAAGAAAUGUAAAAGUUUAAGACAUUAGAAAAUCAAAUUAAAAUGUAAAAAAGUUAAAAAUUUAAGAUGUAAAAAAAAAGAAAGAGUGAAACCUUCCCCCAUGUCUCUUGCUUUAAUUCAGAAGCAGAGGCCUAGCAAGUUCCUGACUGUUGUAUGGUUCUUUUACAGCCAGCCCACCUUCAAGGAAGGCAGCAGUCCUUAAAUAAAUUAAAUACAAUUGAAUCUGCAAACUCUGGCUGCGUCCAGAUAAGCGUGGCUUUGCAGUAUGUGGUGCCGCACACCUCUCUGCAGCGCCACACACGACACAUUCAGGCAUUCCCCAUGCUGCUGGUAUCCCAAGGUCAGAAAAAUCUGCACAUGGAAAAAAGCAGGGUGGCAUACAUGGCAGCAACUUGCACUGCCCAGAUCUGGAGCCUGGCCAGUCAGAGCCACAGUCUGGCCACCAGCCAGGCUCCCAGCUCUAGGAGCACUGUGGCUGCAGCUUCUCUGGCUCCCAGGACUCCAGGUAUGUCUGCUGGAGCCAGUACAGAUGCUGGUCGCAGCCUUCCCUACCCCACCUAAGGUAACCUGCCACGUGCCAGAAUGCACGUGGCACAGGCAUUCCCUGGGGACAAGCAGCAACAUCACAGGGUGUGCUAUUGUUACUAGUCCCCGGGGAACCAGAUGUUCGUGCUUAUCUGGACAUGGCUCCUUUGUGGAUCUAAAUUGUACCAAAUUACUCACCUGGCAUGUAAAUGCAUUUUGUGUUCAAGAGGCUAAGUUUUGUGCAUGGAAAAUUGUAUUGUAUCCAAGUCCCUUGGCAUGCAAAAUGGCACACACAAUUUGAGCCAGGUCAAUAUCAAUAUUUCUUUGAAACAGUAGCUUGACAAGCACUCCAUUGCACACGCAUCAAAGUUAGUAGGAGCUCCACGUGUUCUCCCAAGGAUAGACUUCAGUCACAGCCUUCAGAGAAAGACCUCAGUCUAAUUUAUGAAUUGUAAUUGCAGAAUUUAUGAUUCUGUAGCCAGACGCUUUCAACAGUUUUCAGCAGCUUCAGUACAAUGACAUAGAAAAUUACUAUUAUGCUACAUACCUAUUUAUAGAUCAGUCUCCAAUUCCAACCAGCAAUUUAGACUGUAUUCAAUACUAUUUAUAUAAUACCUCCUCCUGUUCUUUGUGAGAAAAAAAUAUGUUCUGUUAUAUGCAAGCAUAUAAAAAAGUAAUAUUCUCCUAACAACACAGACAGUGCCUUACUAUUGUGAUUUCUAAGCUACAUAUUAGCUUAUUUGCCCAGGCUGUUUAUGUUUAUUCUAGACAAGCAUUUUUGAUUGAAAAUAAAAUACUAACAUAAUUAUUUAAAACAAGAAUCAUUGUAUAGGGAUAACUUUGAAUAAUUUUCAAGUUUCUUGUCAUCAUUUUCCAUCUCAGCCUAAUUGUUUUCACUGGGGAUAAAUAAAAUCUUCAGGAAAGAGCUAGAGUUUCUCCAAACAUUAGGCUUCUUAGCACAAUAUAAAAAAUACUCGCUCAGUUAUAGUAGAGUUGGAAAACUGCUGUAGCUACGAUGGUCCAGGAUAUGUAUGACAUGCAAGGGGUUUUUGUCAUCACUUUUACUGGUGGUGCUUUGGGCCCGGAAGUGUGUUCGACAUCUCAAAAAGCCCAUGCCCCACUCUGCUAUAUACAUCUGCUCUGGGAUCUCAGGAAUUUGCUUAUGUUGAUCACUUCCACAACUUCAAACACAGAGUUUUCUAUUUUGUGUUUGAUGUGAGUAUGUAAUUCCAUUCAUGUUUCCUUCAUAUCCAAGGGGAUAGUUAGGCCUUAAAACAUUUGGCUGUACAAAUAUGUAAAGGGGGAAAUGGAAUUCUGGAAACCUGCGUGUUUAAACUAAAGAGCCUUUCUUAUGACUACUUUUCUACUAAAGUUCACCCACAUGCCUGACUCCUCUCUGCAAAUUUCAUUCAUGUCUAUGGAGCAUGCACUUCUCCCCUUUUUAUCCCCAAGAAAAAAACAGUCCUGCAUAGUGCAAUGGAGUGCAAGUCUUAGUGCAACUAUAGCCUUUGGGCAUUGUGGGAAAUGCUGAAUAAUGGUUAAAAGAUAAAAAUAACUAAAACAUUUGUUCCAUAUUCAAUAUUUAUUUUGGCAUAGAUAGAGAUGUAAAAAGUUGGGAUACUUACCCAGAUAAAUUCCUUUGAUCAACAUCGUGCAUGUAUUGACUGGAAUUGCUGCUCUUGACAACUUUACUGUCCAUUGCUUAAAUUGCUGUUCUGCAGCUGAAAACACAUAUUUAUGCCAUGAAUUAUAAGGUCUCCUUCCAGGGCCCUUGGGGGAGGGCUGUCAGGCAAAUUCUUGGUGGUCCUUCUCAGACCAUUGGCUUGCUCUGAGCCAUUACAGUGUAUUGUGUUAAUUUGGCUCUUGGUACUUGGCCACUUCUGAAAGUCUGCUUGCUAAGACCCUGUAGAUAGCACUACUUAUACAGACACUGAGCUAUUCAGUUACCAUUGUUAACAUCUCUACUAUAUUUCUAUGUAAUCUUAAAGAGUUUGAUUAUAAUUGGACUAACUAGAGGGAGAUUUGGGGUUUUUUAAUCAGAGGUUUUUUAUUUCAUAAACAUUUUUUCAUUCCUUUUGCACUUGCAGAAUGUUAAAAUAAACCAGACCCAAGAAGCUAAAAUCAUUCUGUUUUCCCAAAAAUAUGAAAUAGGAUUAAAUAAUUCUCAUGUGCACUCUAUUUUUUUCAGUUUCACCUUGGCCUGUUUAGUUUAAAACUGGAGCAUUUGUUUAUAGAAGAGUUAUCAGCAGCCCCUAAAGAAUAGGCCUUAUCAUGAAUAGGCAGACAACUGGUAGCCUAACCGGCACCACUAUAAUUACGCUGCUAUUCACAAGCGAACCAUUGUUACCUCAGCAACUUUAGCUGGUAAUAGGUAGUUUCAAGCUAUCCACCCUCCUCCACCUUGCUCUGUUUUGCUGUUGCUGGGACUGAGCUGCACUGAUGGAGGUGAAGCACCCUAAUGGCACCCAGAAGGCAUAAUUCAUAGAUUCAUAGAUGUUAGGGUCAGAAGGGACCUCAAUAGAUCAUUGAGUCCGACCCCCUGCAUAGGCAGGAAAGAGUGCUGGGUCUAGAUGACCCCAGCUAGAUGCAUAUCCAACCUCCUCUUGAAGACCCCCAGGGUAGGGGAGAGCACCACCUCCCUUGGGAGCCCGUUCCAGACCCUGGCCACUCUAACUGUGAAGUAGUUCUUCCUAAUGUCCAGUCUAAAUCUGCUCUCUGCUAGCUUGUGGCCAUUAUUUCUUGUAACCCCAUAAUGAUGGCUCAUGUCAUUGCUGCUCAGGAUAAGACACAGGUAUAGUCACAGCACAGCAGUCUUGGCCUGUGAGGAGCUCCCCAGUACAGACACACCAUACCCAGGCUACAGACACUUUUGCAUAGGAAUGUGGGAACGCAGGUCUUGCCAUGCUGGCACGGACCCUGAGAGUGGCCAGUACCCUAUGCUGUAAGAAAGAUACAGGGAAUGGUGGAAAGGCGCAUGUGAUGUAACUCCCUCCCCAUAAGGGCCUCCACCUAGAGGCUGACCAUAGGGCUGUACUGAGAAGAGGUGUUGUGGCAUUUUCAAAAGAGGCAUUAGCAUGAACUAAUAUAACUGGAUAUGUUUAUAUUAUACAUUUUGCAAAAUUUUUAGCUUCAGUGGCAUCUUGUUGCAUUGAGUUCCCUGCAGUCUAUGUGGUGUGAGGGAAGGCAGUGCCCUCUGCUAGGUGAACUUGUCCACCGUGUAUGUUUACCACAUAUCUCUUUGCUCCACAUCUGGCCACUCACCACCCCCCUGCUCCACAUCCAGCCACUCGCCCCCUACCCCCCAGCUCUGUCUGGCUGCUCGCCUCCCCCGGCUCUGCAUCUAGCUGCUCCACUCCCCCUUCCACUCCACGUCUGGCUGCUCGCCACCCCCCUCAGGAGUCCACUUAUUAAAAAGGGGGCCACCAGGGGUACACUUAUUAAAAAAGGUUGAAAACCCCUGCUCUAAACAAUGUUUUGUUUUUUUCUGUGUCCACUCUGCAACACCUCUUUUCUCUGAAUUGUGCCUUUUCAAUCUCUCUUUGUAGAAUUUUUCUUAUACCCUUACUCUUCUCUCCUUCCUCUGAACCCUUCUUCUUUUCACAAGUGCAGCAAAAAUCUGGCCUGUCCUUUCUGUCCCAAUAACAAACAUUUAUCAGGGCUCUUGGUUACUACAGAUUGCCUCACUGGGUUACUACAGCCUGAACUGUGUCUUCCUCAGCUUCCGCUCCAGUCUUUCCACAGCUGCAGCUUUUUGGUCUCCCAAUCUCUUAUCCUCAUCUUCACACCCAGCACAGCUCGGCCCUAGCUUCCAUUUCAGAUCUUAAUUCUUAUGCCCUUUACCACCCUCUUCAUUGGCUUCUCCCAUUCCUGUCUUCAUAUAUUCAUGCUGCCCCAGGAAUGGAGCAGCCUCUUGAAUCCCCAAAGGCCAGGCCCUCAACCCUGUCCUCCUGAUUCAGAUCCCUCCUGAAGACUCACUACUUUUAAAAGGUCACCUGUGUGAUUGACAGUCACCCGUGUUAUUAUUUUACUCUUGCAUAGUUUUACUCUUGCAUAUUUUAAGUUAAUUUGAUGUAUUUCAGCUAUCUCCCCUAGAUCUCCCUGUCCAUCUUGCCCUAUCCUUAAUCUGCCUUUUGUGUUGGAUCAGGGACCAUUUUUAUAUUUGCGUUUUAUAGAGAUCACAUCACGUGGUUGACAUUUCACAAAUUAUUAGUAGUAGUAUCAUUAAUAAUAAUUAUAUUGCCAUCAACCAUGCAAAUAGCACACCUGAAGAUUUUUAUUAUGUUCUCUUUAAGCAAGUACUCAUGGUUAAUCCAGUUACCAGAUACAAAUGGUUACCAUUUAUUGAGAAAGGAAGGCCAGCAUUUCAAAUUCUAGUGUGUUAUCUCAAUAUCAUCACUGACGGUAUAAGCAUUACCAGGUGCCUUGCAGCCUGGAGUCUGCCUGUUCUUGAGCUGCCUGGAAUGUUUGAACAUUGCAAUUCUACAUCAUAAUAAGCUGGGAUAUUUUUCAAACUGAAAAAUGGUCGCUUUUAACAAACCAAUUUAAAAACCCAUUUAUCAACCAUAGUAGCUCCCUUGUUCAUCUGAAAAAAUGAAUGCAAUCCAUUUCUUAAAAUAAAUAAUAGUAGAUAAAGGCUACAAGAGGAGGAUGGAGGCCAGUUUCAGCCCCUCCCAUCAUUACUAGGUCUUUGGCCUAGAGCUGCUCUCUUCCUUCUUGAAUUCUUUCUGAGGUGGUGGUUUUCAUAAACUGAGGCCCCCAAAAUCUCAAUGUUUCCUAGAUCAGUUCCAAUAACAGUAAAACACCACAGACAUGGUUUUUUGUUGCAAAUAUGUGUCCCUGUACUUGGCAAAUACCAUCUAUCUGUUGCUGUGAUCUAUGUGUAAUAGGAAGUGUAAGAAUUAUACUACUUGAAGAAAGGUGACAUUCCACAUCAAUAUAAUUAUCAAGCACAGCUUUUAAAAGAGAUUGUGUUUCUUAAAGGAAAAGCCAUACAGAUUAAAGAUGUUUAUUUUAGUAAGUUCUCAAUAUUUUCUUCAGGUAAGGGCCUGAUCCUAUGAGUUGAUUGGCCCCCAGAAGUUAUUUCCCAUUCAGCAAAUUCCCGGGUCUGGCUCUAAGAGUGUAAGCUGUUUAGAUACAGUGGGCACAUCUACAUGUGUGCAUUUAUUGUGCAAUAACUGAAAUUACAGUGCAGUAGGGGCACCCAUCUACACAUAAAUUACUGCAUAGUACGGACACACAUCUACAGUAAAUAUGAUGACUUACACUGACUUGAGUGUAAAUUUGAUACCUGCAUCAUGCUGGUAUCAAAUUUACGCCCAGUUAGUUAUUGUGCAGCAAGGCACAUGUAAAUACCUUACUGUGCAGUCCAGACACAGUAUUAAUGCACUUUAACACCUGCACAUGUAGAUGCCAGCCUAUUCCCGCUUACUGUGCAGUAACUUACUACACAGUAAAUUUAAGUCAGCAGAAAUGUACAUGUAGACAUGCCCAGUAUAGACAUUACUAUUAUGUUUUAAAUCAAAUCUGCAACUUAUAUUGUUUGUGUAUUUGACUGGAAGUCAAAAGAGAAUUCUCAACUCUUCUGAGUCCUACUUUAGCUUGUUCACUUCAGUAUUGGUGUAAGUACUUGAAAUGUUCAUUAUUUUUAUUUGCUUUUUAUAUUUCUUUUUAACCUAUGCUUUUCCAGUUUCUCAGAUAGUUCCAUGUGAGCAUUUUCCACCUGAAAUGCAUCACAGCUAGAUUUCCAACUGCUUACUUUCUCCUCACUUAUUUAUUUGUGUACACAGGACAUGUGUGAUACAAUUAUAUGAAUAAUAAUGUGGUGUUCAAAAUUUCUGGCAUUGCACUUCAUAGGACAUAACAUUUCAUCAACAUUGAGAAUUGCUACCAAACAUGGAAGUUGCAUUAUUGUCAGUAUACAUUUUGUUACACAUGCCCUCACUUCAAAACCCAAUUUAGUUAAAAGAUUAGAUGAAGGGAGAUUAUAGUAAUCUACAUCCCAUAUAUCUGGCUGCUUUAUGCCUUUGUUUACUCUUAAACUAAAAAGAAAGUUGAGGAGAAAUUGCUAAGAAUUGCUUUCAAUGCAAGGUACAUUGAAAAAGUACCCAGGGUGCUUUCCAAAAAAGGAAGAACACAAAAUUAAGAGAGUCUCUCUUGCAUACAGCAGUCUUUUUCCCCAGAAUUUGAAAAAAAAAGAACCUGGUGCGAUGACUUUUUCUUUGAUCACACUUUAGGUUGAGGGUGGGGGGUUCAUAAUUGAAAGAUAGAACUAAAUAUCAAUGUAUUUUUUUUCAUUUUGUCUUAGAGAUUAACUGGAAGACAAAAUCUGAACUUCCUGGAACUUUAUAGGGUGGAGGUGUGGCAUGUGUAUUUCUAUUGGGAUCCACAUGUCAUGAAUACAGCUCUACUUAUAACAAGCCAUACCAGCUCCCUGAUCCUGAAUGCUACUGAACUUUAGGGCUAGAUACAGAGAGUCGAAAAGCCCAAGGCUGAAUCAAUUUAGUCUUUGCAGGUUAGUCUAAACUGCACAGAUUAAAUUGAAACAGAAGUGAACAGACAUUUACCUUUGAUUCAGGAAAUGUAGCCACAUGCCUGCAGUGGCUCAGGCCAGAAGCCAGGGGGUGCUCAAGCAUGGCUCUCUGGUUGUGUGUUCAAUUCUUCUGCCCCCAAGGUCUCUGGGAUUUGAGUCCAGAAUUACAGCAGGACUCUGCAGAGUUGCUCAUCACUUCCUCUUCCUGCUUCCAGGUGCCUCUGGGAUUUGUAGUCCACAGUCACAGCCAGCGGUGAGUUUGAGCAGGUGCAGGGGUGUUUAACUCCCCUUCUUGGCCCCAGACCCCAGUCAGGGUUUGCCAGGGAUGGGGAUACCCCACCCCCUCCCCCCCCAUAGACUGGGCUACAUCCCCAGCUGGGCUUGCCCCCCCAUCCCUGUCAGCCAGCCCUCAUUGCUCCAACUAGGGAGCAGAGGGGUGAGGCCACCCCUGCUCUCUGGAGCAAACAGCAUAUCCCAGCCCAGGGCUGGAAAGCAUGCUGGGAUGCUGGGGGAAUGUGAUUCAACUUGAACCAGGAAGGGGUCUGGGACAGAAGUUUCAUAAACUGGUUGGAACCAAAUCAGUUAAGUCUGAUACUACAUUCAACCAGAUUUAUCUUAAACUAGUUUCAGCCAUUUUGAAACUGGUUUAUGUGCACUGAGCUUCUGUUCUGUUAUGGGCUUAAACCAGUUUCUGAUCACUGAAACUGAUUUAUGUGUAACUUCUGUCCUUAGCCAUUGGGGGACCAGCACAAAUCCAGGUUGUAGUCUCUGACUGGAUCAGAAGUCACCUAAAAGCUGGGAGGGUUUUGAAGCCCAGACCUGAAUCCAAGUCCCAGUCUUGUAAUUCAGUCCCACCUCUGCUCUGCCCUACAUGCUAGUAUGCAAUCAAAACAAGUGUUAGAGGAAUUUACAAAAUGAACAUCUUCUUCUUGCGCGUUGGCUGAUACCAAUGUUUGUAUUUAUGAAUUUUUGUGCAUGUGCAGUUCAGCUUAUUCAUUGGAUACAAAAUGCUUUUGGGGCAUCAAAAGAAACGAACUCGACAGAUGUGCCUUUUCUGUUGUAUGUACACAAGCACUGGGAUUGCAGGGACCAGUCACACAUUUGUCAUCUUAUUUAUGAUUUUUAACGCAUUUGUGAUAAAUUAGGUUCAGUUCUAAGGUAAAUAAUAUUGGAGCCAAAUAGUUGUUUUUGUACAUGUGCAAGUUAUCACAGUUGAUAUCAAGUCCAACCCAGACUCCUUGUCUUGCCUUUCCAUAACCUUUCAGGCUUUAUUCAGGGAAAUGUGGACCAGCCUAUUUUCUUAUAAAAACUGUGGUCUUUUGGAAUGUCAUACUUAUUUUUUUAACCCUUUGCUCCUACACUCAUUGGAUGCAGAAAGACUGUAACAAUAGUAUUUUUGUAAACUGCCACUUGCUUUGUGUUUGAAAAUAAUAUAUACAUAUUUUUAUGCUAUAAAAUGACAUGUAGUUUUUAAACUCUUGCUUUUAAAAAUAUCUUCUUAUAUAUCCUGAAGAACCUGUAAGCUUCUUUGUCAUGCCUCCAUACCUAACAUAUAACAUUCUAAUGGCAGUAAUGUGAGACUGGCUAGUCUAAAUGAAAAAUAUUAUGGGACCUAAUGCAUUUCUAAUGUUACUUCAUCAUACAUAGAGGAAAGAAUAUGGUGCAUUGUUUCAAAACCCAGAAUUGUAGUAAAGUAACAUUUCCCCAAAAGUCCCAACUGAAGAUUAUGGAGGAAACUUCCAUAGAAAUAUAGCCACUUGGGGCCUAAUUCUGUGGUCCUUAGUCAUACUGUGUUGAAUGUUGUUUUAUAAGUAUGCCCAUUAAUUUCAUCAGAAUUAUUAAGAGUAAGCCACUAUGCCAUGUAAAUGAGGGUGACAGAGUAGGGUCUUUUCUUAAUGGGUACCUCCAGCUUUUCAAGUAGAGAAAGGGUUAUAUGUUUAAUAUUACAGGGUGAAAUGUUAGGUUGUGUUCUGCACUACGGGUUUUUCUUGUGUAUUCUGGACUCAUUCCAUAGCUGGAGCUCCAGAUUAAAUUAAUUCAAGUCCUGUGCACAGAUGAACACGAUAGAAAUCUACAGUAAAAUGUUGCAGAAUAUGCAAAAAUGGCCUGAUUUUUAAAGUGCUUUGAAAUAACAGUUCCCAUUAAAGUCAGUAAGAGGCAUGGGUUCUCAGAACCUCUUAAAACAAGGACCUGGGUUUUUAAAAGAUUCAUAAGUAGUGUGCAGAGGAAGAUUGUACUCUCUGACUAAAAAACAGUUUCUGUGCCUCAACCUGGCCAUAAGCACCUAUAUCUUUAAACAAAAUAGGCUGGUCUUACACUGCAGAGUCCAGGGCACUGCCACCUUGUGGGACCAGGCCCCAGUAUUUUGAAAGUUUACCCUUUGAUGUGGUUUGGUGUUUGCAAGAAGGAAAAAGAGACUGGUAAUUCAUCACUCAGUACUCUUCCCCUGUGACUGCUUUGUGAUGUUUAUCACUGUUAUCAACGGAGUAUGUUGAACUGGACUGUAAAAUCAGAAUAUUUUACUGCAUGUUUUUUUUAAUAGAAAAAUAAUUGUAUGCAAUGUUGCCAUUAUAAUACAGUAAAUAAAUAUCUAUGUGUUUUUCUUUUUAA